ACCACAUGGCCUAAGUGAAGCUGCUGUAUGUUUGUUCUUCAUGAAGUGCUUUGGUUCGAUGAUGUUCCAAGUCUGAUCGGAUCAUUCAGCCUUCCAACCUUUGCGGAGCUGUUUCGCUAAAUGGAGUCAUAGAUGGUGCUUGCUUGUAGGGAUUCUAGAGACAUAUCUCCUCCAGAAAAUGCAGGUCUUGCUAAAGUCCCACCCACCAGCCAACGGCUUUUUUUUUGAAGAGACCGUUUAUGUGCAUAUUAUACAUUAUUAUACAUAUUGUUACCGUCAUGUUGCAUUCUUGCACUGACCAGUAGCUGGCCGUUUUUUGUGACACCCAUCUUUCAAGCCACGCUCUGCCAUGGGGUGCAGUGAAAAACCCGUGCACCGCGCACGUUGCACCACGGUGGCUCAAGCAACACAAUGCCCGGUCGAGCCCAAAGCGCCCGGCGUCAUGGCGAUGACGGAAAGCGUGCUGUGACCUUCCUAGACAGGUCAGCAGCUGAUCAUGGCAAAAGUGCCAUGCAACGCUCGACCAGCGCCAGGGAGAUUCGUCGCCAUCCAAGAGGCGGAGAGAUGCCGCUCCAAACCGCUCCCGAGCGGAGCAGGAGUACUGCCCCCUCACGAGCACGAGACGUCUCCUUUGGUCCUCAGGAUGGCAAGUCGCGCUGGGAUGAGACCCCGAAGCAUCGCGACCGUUCUGCAACCCCGUCAACGAGGGAUCGGACGCCCUCGGCUCCAUCUCCGGUCAAGAUGCCAGCGGGCGGAUAUUCCACUCCGCGCCGCGGCAACUUCCGCGGCGACACGAUCUGGUUCAAGGAUGACCUGACGUCGCAUUCGGCCUCUCGUGCGAUGCAUCGGGAGGCCAGCGGCAGGCGCAGCGAAGCACAGGUCGAUCAAAGCCCAGUGGAUCAGCCCAAGUUUGGUCGCGGGCCGCGCUUCGCUGAGCACCUGACGCAGGAGAAUAGACCCAAGACCAGCAGGCACAUUGUUCACCGGAAUGCUCCACAACAGCCGAAGUGGGAGCAGACCGGCUUUGCUGGCAAGCGGGUGAAGAACCAGCAGCCGCGAGGCAAACGUUGCUUCAUCGGCGCACCCCAUACGGUUCCUUCCUUAGAACCGGCAUGGCCGAGAUGGUCUGUGGGAGCGAGCAGAUGGCAGAGUUCUGGGAAGAAGUGGAGCAUGAGAAUCCAAGCAUGGCCGCAAUCUUCAAUGGGUAUGCAGGCUACUCAGACCAGGCGGCAGAUGCCAACGGCGAGAGAAUCACUGGCACCCGGCACUUCUGGGGUGCCCCACAUGUGACAGACACACAGGGUCUGGAGCAGCUGAUUUGUGGCAGUGACAAGUUGACCGAGCUUAAGGACCAGCAUGAAACAAAACAUGGGGACCUUUCUGGGAUGUUGAAAGGCCUUGCUGGGCGCACUUUGCAGCUGGAUGAUGACGGUGAGAGCCGUGCACGCUCCAAAAAGAACUUCUUAGGCGCUCCACACACGCAGGACACGCCACUCUCUGGCGUUUUGUGUGGAAGCGACAAGAUGCAAGAAUACCGUCAGAAGCACUUGGAGAAGUAUCGUUCUCAAGAGCGGAUGUUUGAUGGACACGCUGGGCUAAGUCUUCAAGCGGACGAUGCGGGCACUGGGCCGGUCCGUCGCCAAGGAAAGCGCGACUUUGGCGGUGCCCCACACGUGGCGGACUCGCAAGACGUGUUCGACUUGGUUUGUGGCUCUCCAACUCUGAAGGAGGCUCAUGCCAAGAAGACAAAUCCCUCACUGCAAAAUAUGUUCGAUGGCUGCGCAGGCCUUUACCUCCAGGAUGAAGACCUUGAGGGUCCACGAAGUCGCGGGAAGAAGAAGGUCAACGCACGAAGUGUUUAUCAUUCUUCACCUAGGCAGCAAUGCUUCGAGAAUGCUUUCCAGCCAAGCGAGUCACCCAGUAGCUAUCGCUCCGAGAUGCCAAAGCUUCCCACCUUGUUCAUCUCGCAUGGCAUCGGGCCAAUGCCUUUGCUCCUGGACGAAGCGCAUCCCUUUCGGCGAUCCUUGGCAGAGAUCCCCUCGCGCUUGCAGCUGGACGAAGAAAAUGUGAGAUGUAUCCUCGUGAUCUCCGCGCACUGGGAGACCAAGGGAGGGCUGGAGGUGACGCUGAGGAGAACCCAUGGUCAGGGGUUGCUCUAUGACUAUGCUGGAGCUCCUGAGAAGACCUACGAGGUACACCAGCGCUUCCACCCAUCAGGUGAUGCAGAAGUGUCGGGUUGGAUCUUGGAUCUCUUAAGUGCGGCUGGGAAGGAGGUCAGACACAAUUCCGGACGAAAUCUCGAUCACGGUGUGUUCGUGCCUCUGACUUUAAUGCCGGAGUUGAUGAACAUCCCAGUGGUACAGCUAAGCCUUCCGGCACUGAGUGGUCAAAGAGGAGCUGAAGUGGCACAGCAUUGCUUGGAGGUGGGCCGGGCUUUGGCUCCUUUGAGGUCCCGAGGUGUUCUGAUCAUCGGCAGUGGGCUAGCGUCCACCGCCUCGGCGAAGCCGCAGCACCUGGAAAGGUGGGCCGAGCAAUUGAAACGCCUCUGCUGCAAAGCGCAGCCUGCCCAACGCUACGAAGGCCUUCGACAGUGGACCUACAUGUUGCCUCACGCUCGAGAGGUACAUGGCCGCGAAGAUCAUUUGUUGCCACUUCACGUUGUGGCAGGUGCUGCUUUGGAUGACCGGGGCCAGGUCCUGGCAGACCUUCGCGAACACGACCGCGCCAUGACGCACUUCACAUUUGGCUGAGUGGUUCUGACAUUUUUGCUGAGCGCCUCAUCUGGACAAAAGGGCACUGGAUCCCAAGAAAUGUCAAGUAAAGGUGCUGCC